CCUACUAGCCGAAGAGGACCCUAAGGAGCUCGGCCGGGAGCCCCAAGCUAAUUCACCGACAACAAUAAUGACUUCACAACAAUGCCCGCCCUCCGACAACAGCGACCGUCCGCCGAGCUCCAAGACUCUUCCGGAGGUGGGGCGGUUCGUCAUGUCGUCCUUUGAUCAGCGCUACCGUUUAGAUUCGGUCAUCGGCAGUGGCGGUUUUGGCACCGUCUAUAAAGGGAUUCGGAACAGCGAUAACCUACCGGUGGCCAUCAAAUACAUCCCACGGACAAGAGUCAGCAAGUUACAGAAUCUGAACGGUGUGUUGGUGCCCCUGGAAGUGCUGCUCCUGGAGAAGGUGUCCUCGGGCUGCCGGGGUGUCAUUCACCUCCUGGACUGGGCCGAGAUACCUGAUGGUUUCUGCCUGGUGAUGGAGUUGCCCAUGCCAUUCCAAGAUUUGUUCGACUACAUCUCAGAGCACGGUGCUCUGUCCGAGCAGCUGGCAGCUAACUUUUUCCGCCAGAUUGUAGAAGCCGUGCGCUAUUGCCAUUCCCGGGGCGUCCUCCACCGUGACAUCAAGGAUGAGAACAUCGUGGUGGAUCUGAACCGAGGGGAGCUCAAGCUUAUUGACUUUGGCUCUGGAGCAUUGCUCCGGGAUACACCCUACACCGACUUUGACGGCACCCGUGUCUACAGCCCUCCCGAGUGGAUUCGUUUCCGGAAGUACCAGGGGCCCUCGGCGGCCGUCUGGUCUCUGGGGAUCUUGCUGUACGAUAUGGUAUGUGGUGACAUCCCCUUCGAGCAGGACCGGGACAUCCUCCUGGGAAGUGUUAACUACCCCUGCUCGCUGUCCAAAGAGUGCCAGAACUUGAUCGAAUGGUGCCUGUGUAGCCAGCCUUCCGGGAGGCCUUCUCUGGAAGAGAUCCUUGCACACCCCUGGCUGACCCUUGGUGGAUCUGACUGCAAGGGAGUAGAUCAUCCAAACCCAGAAGUCUCCAGCAACAACCAGAAUAGCGUGUAAGCCACAUGGAACCAGAUCAAAUAAAUGGGGGAAGCCUGGCUUAGAAACGCCAAGAAUCUUAGGCCAAGGGGUAGCCGUAAGCGAGGCCGACUGAAGAGCAACAAUAGAUGGCGUUAAUACAGCUUCACUGCAGAACAGCCAGUUGUCAUCUCCCAUUUAUGAGACCUAGUUCCAGGGCUUGAGAAGGUCCAUGGCCAUUCAGCACCGGAGAUUUUGUCUUAUAAGGUUACAAGGUAGGCUAUUAAAUCAGCCUCAGAUUCAGUCGGCUCCUACUCCUGGGACCGACUGGAGGUUAAAGAGGCUUUGUCGUUUCCUGUGGAAAAAUGGGGAGGGUGGUGGGGAUUGUAAAUAGGUGCUCUGGGUCUCAACGCACUAUGAUUAAUUCCUUCUGUUACCUGUCGGUCUCCUUUAUUCUAAUUAUUGGGCAUUUCAUUCUUUUUCGGAAAUGGGAACAUGCAAUCCAGAGUGGCUCAUGACAGACAGAGGCAGCUAAUAUAUGAAAAUCUGGAAGGUAGGGACCAUUACUGCUGAACUUGUUUAGUAUUUUAUCCAGCACGGCUCAGAUGUUCAUGUGAAGAUGAGAGGUGGUGAGAGGGGCUUUCUCUACCCACCGCCAUAGUUUCAGGCUUUCAAAUAUGUCUGAAUCUGAUUGUGUUUGAAUUGUGGAGGAUUUGAACCUGUUCUCAUACCUCUACCACCUUGGGACAGCACCUAGCAUGCCCCCUGGGGUGGAUAUUAAAUAAAGUUUCAAAUAAAUCUUU